GUGAAGAGUAAAGGAGGAGCCCAGACACAGCACACACAUCGGUUCUCUCUCGUUUCCCGUCUCUCUCCGCCAUGACCAGCUCUUCCGCUCCUUCACGCAAGGCGUUAAGCAAGAUCGCGUGCAAUAGGUUGCAGAAAGAGCUUACCGAGUGGCAAGUAAAUCCCCCCACUGGAUUUAGGCACAAAGUUAGCGAUAAUCUUCAAAAAUGGACAAUCGAUGUGACCGGGGCUCCGGGGACGCUAUACGAGAAUGAGACUUACCAGCUUCAGGUUGAAUUUCCCGUUAAUUACCCUAUGGAAGCUCCCCAGGUAGUUUUUGUUCCUCCGGGACCGUUACAUCCACACAUUUACAGCAAUGGUCAUAUUUGUUUAGAUAUUCUAUAUGACUCGUGGUCACCAGCAAUGACUGUGAGUUCAGUCUGCAUCAGCAUUCUCUCCAUGCUGUCGAGUUCACCUGCAAAGGAACGCCCAGCGGAUAAUGAUCGCUACGUGAAGAACUGUAAGAAUGGGAGGUCUCCAAAGGAGACGAGGUGGUGGUUCCAUGACGACAAAGUUUAAUACAACGACCAUUAUCUAAGAGACGCCCUUUGUUUGUAAUAUGAUUAUGACAUUUGUGAAUGUCGAAUCCUCCUGAGACGUCCUAAAUUUUUAACUUGUUAUCUCAUCGUUCUCACUUUUUUUUUGUCAACUACCCAUUUAAGACCAAGCAUCAUCGUCACUUUUAUCCUAUGAGUAUAUCAAAGUUUUACAGUUCCCA